CGGGGAACGGCGGGCACCGCCAUGGGAGCGGAGCAGAGCGCCGAGGCCGAGAGCCGCCCGGGCGAGCCCAGCGCCGCAGCCAAGCAACGCGCAAAAAUGGACGACAUUGUGGUGGUAGCCCCAGGAACACAAUCCUCACGGAAUGUCAGCAAUGAUCCAGAUGUCAUAAAACUGCAGGAAAUUCCAACUUUCCAGCCCCUUUUGAAAGGACUCCUCAGUGGGCAGACCUCUCCAACUAACACCAAGCUGGAAAAGCUGGACCCCCAGCAGGUGCUGCAGCUGUGUCUCCGGUACCAGGAUCACCUUCACCAGUGCGCAGAAGCCGUCGCCUUUGAUCAGAACGCGCUCGUGAAGCGGAUUAAGGAGAUGGACCUCUCUGUGGAAACUCUUUACAGCUUCAUGCAGGAGCGCCAGAAGAAGUAUGCCAAGUAUGCGGAGCAGAUCCAGAAGGUCAAUGAGAUGUCUGCCAUCCUUCGCCGUAUCCAGAUGGGCAUCGACCAGACGAUCCCGCUGAUGGAGCGGCUGAACAGCAUGCUGCCAGAGAGCGAGAGGCUGGAGCCCUUCAGCAUGAAACCUGACCGGGAGCUGAAGUCCUAGCUGACCCGGCAGGCUGCCCCUCCUCAUCUUCCAUGCUCCAGUGUUCAGCACAGACACACUUCCAACAGGCUGGACUGGCAGAUGUUUGAAGCAGACGACAGUGCUGCCUGACUCUGCCAGGGCAUCGGAGGAAGAACGGCAUCAACUGCCAGAACUGCACAGCCAGGAAUCCAGGAGCUCCCCUGUCCUGUCGUCUGGAGAAGAUGAUUUACAUUUCUUUCAUCUCCCUUCUCUUGGCCUCCUGUCUCCUUUACCACUACCACCGCCUGUGCAGAGACAUUUGUUUCAUUGCUGUUGGGGUUUACAGAGGAGGAAUUUUCUUUCAUCUGAAUUUUUGUUUUUUACUAAAAAUAUUCAAAGGGAUACAGGGUGUGACGAACCUUCUGACAUGAUUUUUGUGCCACUGGGGUUUAGAUGAUCAGAUGGCUGGAAGGUAUUUCUGACAUCCCCUGGCCUUGGAAAUAUGUGUGUUUUAUAGGUGAAAAUGUAAGAGCCAGGAACUGGCUUAUUAAAAUCUGCCUAUUAUCAUAAUUAACAUGGUUUGCAUUGCAGGGUUUUGGCAUGUCCUCGAGGCUCCUGUUUGUAUGGACUCACUAAUUUAUGAGCCUGUAAAGGAAUAACUGUUCUAGAUAUGUAUGUAGUUAAUGUUAAGCAAGCUUUAGUGUUCCUUUCCCCCUUGCCCUGGCAAUGUCCCCAUGCCCCAGCUGGUGGCAUUUCAUGUUCUUCUGACAGGCACUGGUACCAACCUGCUCACUUUCCAUCCCAAAGUUGGACAUGAUGUGUCUUUUUUAUUGGGACACUCCAGUUAUCUCGGUGCUGUCUUUUCUACCAGAGAGGUGCACUUGCUUCUUUACCGUCUGGUGUAUGGAGUGGAGAGACACAAGAAGUCCUUUGGGUCUUUGCACUGGCUUAGCUGCCAUUGUGCUGAGAGCUGGCCUAAGCACACUGUUUCAUGACUGAAACCACAUGGCCUUUUGGGGACUGUUCUCAGCCACCUGCUCCAAAGGCAACAGGAUGUUCUUGCCUUCUCCCAAGGAAGCCAAGGGCACUGCUGGAAGGCAGGCAGCAUAUCCAUGCUGCCCAGCUGCUGGGCUGACCCACAGGAGACAGGGUAGUUGCCAAGUCUGUUGCUGGUCUGCUGGCUGCAGGCACUUUGCAGCACCUCUCUGAGCUUUGGUUUCCCCCUGUGUAAGACAGGGAUAUUUUACAUGCUGCUGUAAAAAUAUUUAUAGAUCUAGAAAUAGGGUUUAACAGCCUGCAUCACCAGUGCAUGGCAGCUCUUGUUGCAGCAGAAAGAGAAUGUAACCAGGAGUGAGGAGCCCUUGAUUUGCUGGGCCAGGGUAGGUUUGUGUCUGUUUUGUUGAACCCAGGAUGCUGUUGCUGGUGAGGAGGCUGAAGUGCCCAUGAACCCCAAGGGUGGUUGUAUGUCAGGAGUGCAGUUGCAGUGGUGAGGACGGCCCUCUUUGAGAGUCAGGGACAAACCAGCCUCCAGUACAGCACAAGGCUAGGUGACUUGCCAAAGGCAACUUGCUUUGAUACAUCUUGGUACUUAAGAGUAUUUAAUCAGCAAAAGGUUGUCUCUGAGCAUUUGGAAAUAAGAAUGGAGUAGGUUUUUGAUGAUAUUAAUUAUUGCCUGGUGGCAAGAAGCAACAGGCUGUUCUCUUGUUGCAUUCCCAAAGGCCAUGUAGUGUAGAGUGAAUUUUUGUGAUGCAGACUGCAGCAAACUGAUGUGUAUCUGAACCACAGUGGUGGUUGGACCCCAGGGCCUGCUGAACACUGUCUGAAAGCAGAGUCCUAUAGAAAUUAAGCCCCCUAGAAUGAUGCCCUAGGAAGAGCAAUUGACUGCUUCAGAGAGGCCAAGGAACUCAGCAGGAGAUUUUUUUAGCAAAGGCAGCAGAGUAGGCCUCCUUGCCUGCUGCUCCCACCCCAGAGGUUUUACACAGUAAUACGUACGUAGGCAUAUGCUGUGUGUUGCAUGGGAUACAACAUCCUUGUUCAAGCUUCCUGCCUAUUUUACACUUGGUUUGUUAAAAGCUUACAGUGUGAGACUUAACCCAUGAGAACCUGCUUAUCGUGGCCAUGCCCAGGCGAGUCGUCAUUGUCCAUCAUGGAAUGUGUCCCUGCCUUCUGCCAUCAGACACACAAGAAUAUUGAACUGCUUUAAAUAGCAGCUGCAGUAAUUUUUGUCCUGUUUGUCCAAAUGAUGCUGUCUGGAUGUUUAAAAUGUGCAACAUUCAGCUGUCUGCCAGACGGGAUCAUUUAAUAUCCCACACCCUGGUGUGCUGGAAGCCUAUGCUAGUGGGAAGAUCCUGAUACUGGAUCUCAAGGCAGGGCCCUUGAGAUGUUCUCUCCUGUAAGAUGCUCUCUCGUGUAAGGUUUCUAGACAUCUAGCCUCAUACCAUUAAGUAUCAGAUAAAAGCAUUGCUCCAUGCAGUGCUAAUGAGGGCAAAUGAAUACUGUUCCCAUCUGAAGGCUGCAGGACUGAGGGCUGCAAAUCAGUUCCUUCCUCAGUUGCUGAAAAACACCUGGGCAUUGGGCUGAGAAUGAGAGAAAAUGCUUAUUCCUAGGAACACUGGCUGUGCUGCUAGGCCUCACAGGUAGAGCUUUCCACAUAGCAAGGGCAGAUUGUGAAAGACCUACUAGCUUAACUAGAAAGAAAUCAGAGCUGAAAUGUGAAGGGGAACCUCUUCUAAAGCUCAUACGUCAUCACCUCCGUUCCACAGGAUAGUCACCUGUAUGGGUACUGUAAGACAGCAUGCACCCUCUAACUGUUCUCAAGCAAUGGUUUACAGCUUUAUUUAAAACAUUGUCAUGGCCUUCAUUAACUGUAAGUCUUUGGCCCUCUUGCUGAGGGGAAGACGCCUCAUGCCACAUCUUCUUGAGCUGCUGUUUGUUGCUUGGCUGCUCCUUGUUGCCUUUGCUCUACACGCUGCUUUCAGCUUCAGGUGCAGGUGAUGCUCAGGGUGAGACAGUCGCUUCACUCCCAUGCUGCUUAGCAGAUUUGAGAUGUGACUGAAAUUACCUUUCUGCUUAUGAAUUUCCUUUUCCAAGCCAAAUGCUCUUGGAGGAGGCCUCAGGUAUCUUUCACAAAUGUGCUAGCUGUUACUUCUACCACAAAUUUAGUGCUAUGAACAGAGAAUAAUCUGGUGUGCUCCACUGAAACCAGACAUUUCUGCCCUUUUCUGCUUUCUGAAGUGGUGUGUGGUUUGGGGCACAAGGUAAGCUUCUUGAUAUGCAAUCUUCUGAAAAGCUGGGGAGGAGAGUGAGUCUUUGAGUCUGUGGUUCCCUGCUGACCUGAACUGCUUUGGUCCUUCCCCUGACUGCUGUUGCAACUCUCCCCUUGUGCUGCCACUGGUGUUUGUUGCAUCCCACACUGGUCAGUGUGCUACCCGUGCAGAAGAGGUUUGCUUUGUUCUGGUUUUGUAAUUGAAUACAUUGACAGGGUGCUAAAGUGCCAACCUAUCUGCAGGGCAAUUUCUGUGAAGAUCUGGUGAAGGGGACAGAAAAGACUUUUCAGGUUUUUUUUUUUUAAGUAAAUGCAUUUUAAAUUAAGUAUACUGAAAUAUUUAAAGUGUGUUUUUUCCCUCCUCUAAGCUUUUACACAGAAAGAGUAGAAAUACAUGUUUUUCUCAAGCCCAUGCACUGUAUGAGCCAGCCCCUCUCUCUGACUGUGUGCCAGUGGUGUCCUGAGGUACCACUGUACUGUCCCUGCUGUUCCCAAGCUGCCAGCAUGCAUUUUGAUUCCCAGCAUUGUGGCUGAGCGCUCCGUGGUUUAUGAGUGGUUAUCCUGUUUGCACAUUUGCUCUCCGUUCAGCUCCCUACAUGCUUACAUGUUCCUCAGCUCCAGCAGUAAAACGUUUGGUGUGGCUCUUUCCCAAGUGUUUUGUUUCUCCAAUUGCCUUGCUUAUUCUUCAUUUUCAGUGCACCACUUCUUGCCGUGACCUAUGUAGACAGUGCUGAGCUUUGCUUUGUACCCAGAACCCACCUUCGUGCUGUGGACAUGGCUGGUCUCACUUGCCCUGGGGCUGCCUCUGCCCUGGGACUGUAAGGAAACGUAUCCCCGAGUGAAAAUAAAUGUUUUCUUCCAGUAUCACCCCAAUUCUGGUUGGCACUGAUGUCCAGUUUAAAUACAUGAUGUGAGCAGCAAUGCUUGGGACUCACCAGCAGUGGGGUGGGACUGUAGUUCAGCUGGCUGCCUACCUUUUCUGUGCUGGCAACCUCGUGGAGGUGAUGAGGAUCUGGGAUCAAGGACUCAAGACUUGUGUAAGACUGCAGUUUCCCUGUGCAGAGCACUGGCAGUGUGAGACCACUGCCUGUUUUGUUAGGGCACUUGCACCUUGUGUGCACCCAGCGGCUUUCCCAAGCCUGAGUGGGAAGAUUAAACAUGAGCAGCAGAGUACAUCCUGUUUCUUUCAUUCUUUCCUCCCACACCUAUCUUCCUGUCAAAUAGAGACCAUGUCCUGACAGAUGCUUUAUAUCAGUUCUUCACCAGAUCACAGAAGGAGCUGGAGCUGGGCAUCCUUGGACAGGCUGACUUCCAGGCUGGCCUCUGCCCUGCUGGCUGCUCAUCUCCUCCUCCCAGUUCCUUGCACUUCACUGAAUGGGUCAGACUCUGCUUUUAGCACAAGUUUAGCCUCUUUCAGCUGGUCUGUGAUCCUUCUGUGGGGGCUGUUGGCUUGCUUUUAGCUGCCACAGUUAGGUUUUAACUUCUUCAAUACGUGAGCCUGCACGGGACAGCCUGAUCCACAGGAACCCUGAGAUUAGCUCUGUUGGUUAGAAAGUGGUGCUAAUAAUGACAAAGUUGUGGGUUUGAUCCCUGUAUGAGCCAUUCACCCCUUGGGGGUCCCUUCCAACUCAGUAUUCUGUGAUUCUGAUUCUGUGAAGGAAAACUGCUCACCCAGCAGUCCCCAAAGCCAGGGCAGGUCUGAGGUGGUGAUGGAUGGACUCUAUCUGAUGCAGGUUUCUAUGUAAGAGUUGCUACAUCUUGUUUGUAGAAAAUAAGCACAGAAACUCACAUGGGUUGUUACCUGUGCUCUGGCUGAUGGUUUGGUUUCUUUUAGGGAGGCUAAGAAUUCUGCAUUUCCCUCUCUGGGAUUAUGCUUUGAAAUUCUCUUUUUAAGAAAAGAAAAACCUUCUGCUACUGCACCUGAGUUUGAAGAUGCUGUUACACAAACAUUGUAGUUUGUAUGAGCUAUUCUCUGAAGCAGCAAUGAGGGGCGUUCUCCAAUCUCAGCAAGCAGAACUUGCUCUGCAUGCUUCAAGACUGACAGAAUCAGUCAAAACAAGUAUUUAAACAAGUAAUUACAUUAAUCUUCAAAUAAGAAGUAUGGGAGGCAAAAAA